GCGGUUGCUAUGUUCAGACGAUGUAACUAUUGGACAGUGACUGGAGUAACACUGUAUACCUUAUAUACAGUGGCUAUUUUUAGAGAUGGAUGUUUGUUGCGAUUGCAUUCGGGGUGUUAGGCGGAUGUAACGUGGUCGAGGGUCAUUCUGGUGACCUCAAUUUCCUUAUGUGAGAGCUGCAACUAUGUCGUCAGUUCACGAUGUGUCUGAAGCCCUCGCCAAGAUUGGGGAAUAUUUACAAAAUACAAAUGCAACUAUAUCGGAGAAAUGUAAGGAUGCGAAAGAAUAUUUCAAAAAUGAAGACGGAUCAAACGACGUAAACAAACUAGAAGAUGUCGUGUCCCUCCUGCAGAAGCUAUAUGGACAUCUGCCACAGUUCACCAGUACUGAUCCUGUCAAGGUACUACAUGGUGUAUUAGGCAUUGUAUCUUCCAUCUCCUCGUUCGUCGGUCUUGGUGGACCUGUCGUCCCAGUGGUCUGUGGUUUGUUAAUUAAAGUAUUCUCCACUUUCGGAGGCGACACACUAACCGUAGGUGAGGUCGUUCAAGACGAAAUCCGACGAAAAUUUCCUGGUCUCAGCGAUGAAACACUUCUGGAGGAGGCACAGGACCUCCACCUUAUGUACAGUUUGGCGUUUGACUUCCUAAACCCAGCAAGUGAGAAAAGUCACUUUACUGAGCAUGAUAUAACUAACAUGCAUAUUCAAAUGAAUAUUUUUCAAGGUGGUACGUUUCUUCGUAAGUUGGGAAAGCUAAUCAAGGAACUGGCAAAAGAACACGAGGAGAACGACCCGAACAAAAAGAUCGAGAAAGGCAAAGAAAGCCAUGGAUUUCAUUGAAUUAUAUAUCAAACUAGCAUCACUACGUGAUAUGCUUCUGAUUCAGUUCUAUACAAUCACCAACUCAACACUCCACAGUCAGCACCUGGCCGGAGGAGUACAGAGGGUGAUCGGUUCCUUUGCUGAAAAAGACCGAGAAGUUCUCCGUCUAUUCCUCAAACCGACAAAAGAAUACGUCUACAUUGUGUCAUACAUCAGGGAAGAGGAGCAUAGACUUUUAAUGAAAUUCCUUGGAAUGAGAGGGCUUUUGCCGGAAGAGAGUUGGUUAACACAAGGAGAGUUUGAACUUUGUUCAGUGAGAUAUCCGAAAUACCAUGCCAUCCGUCUGAGAAGUCAUAGGUUGUUCUUUGGAUACGGGGAUUUGAGCUAUAUUCGUGGUACUAAAGAUAGAGUGGGGCCAGAAUCCUUGUUUUCUUUUGAAAAAGUUCAAGGGCCAGGAAAUUACGUUUACAUUACACAGAAAGGACAUUUGGAUGAAUUUGUGACAAUGACGAAGGGCUCAAACAAGUGGAUAAAGACCCUAAAAGAGCCUCCUGGGCCAGAAAGCGAAUGGAAAGCUAUCCAGAUGGAUAAUGGCAACUAUAUGUUUUCUCCGCGUGCCUUUCCAGAUCAUUUCAUGGCCAUGUCUAAACUAUUGGACGGAAGUGUCGCUGGGCGUCUAGGUUGUUCGCGUAACCGAUGUCAGUGGACACUGAAGACAUCACAUUGAACAUGGGUACCAUCACAUUGUCCUGCCCGAUAUCUGCGGACCUUAUAUAAUUUGGUAAAAGGCUGUAUCAACAUUGUUCCGCGAAUAAAUGACAACUUGGCUUGCCAUAUAUGGCAUCAUGAUCUAAAGUCAUGACCUGUUGUAAAUAAAUAUUUUGAAUCAGAA